AAACGAAAAAAAAGAGGGCGAGUUCACGGCUGCUCUGUGAUACAGUUGGAUAGACGCGCAAGGAAAACUUAAUUCAUAGUGAGCAGACUCUUUCAUUUUUUAUUUUUUGAAGGAAAAAACUCGCCACGAUGUCUACCGAGCAGAAGGAAGGACAGGAGAAAAUGAGCACUUACUCCGUCACCCUGAACGGGCCGGCGCCCUGGGGCUUCCGGCUGCAGGGAGGCAAGGACUUCAGCAUGCCCCUCACCGUGUCCCGGCUGACUCCGGGGGGAAAGGCGGUGCAGGCGGGUGUGGGCGUUGGCGACUCCGUGGUUUCCAUCUGCGACUCCCACGCUGAGGACAUGACCCACGUGGAGGCACAGAACAAGAUCCGAGCAGCCACAGACUCCCUGUCCCUCAUUCUGACCAGGGCCUUCCAUCCGACAGGGCCUGAGCCGAAGGAUAAGCUUGCUCCCGCCUCCAGCCUGCCCAAGUACUCCUUCGCCCCCAGCGCCGCGAUAAACAAGAUGCCACGCCCGUUCGCCUCGGGCGGUAACCACGCCCAGACCGGACCCGCCAUCAGGCCGGUGGCGUACGCGCCCAGGUUUCAGCCUGGCACGCAGACGCCCGUCAGCGUGCUGCAGCCGCACAACGGGCUGAAGACCAGUCCUGUCUCUGUCCAGUCUGGCCCCGUUAUGCCCCCUGCGGACAAACCCGGCGGAACUCCAGCCAAACCUGCCGCCAAAACUCCGACCCCGGCGUCCGCCCCCUCCUGCCGGCCCCCCUGGGUGACGGACCCCAACUUCGCGGACCGGUACCGGCCGGACAAGACGAGCACGGUGCUGACCCAGCACAGCCAGCCGGCCCAGCCCACGCCCAUGCAGAGCCGCAGCUCCAUCAUGCAGGCCGCCCAGCAGGGGGCGCCAGAGACCGGCCGCACGCCCGUCUGCGCCGCCUGCAGCAAGAUCAUCAGGGGCCGCUACCUGGUGGCGCUGGGCCGUUCCUGGCACCCCGAGGAGUUCACCUGCUCGCAGUGCAAGGUGGUGCUGGAGGUGGGCGGCUUCUUCGAGGAACGGGGCUCCAUCUUCUGCACCAAGUGCUACGACAGCCGCUACGCCCCCAACUGCGCCAAAUGCCGGCGGGUAAUCACCGGGGAGAUCAUGCACGCUCUAAAGAUGACCUACCACGUCCAGUGCUUCCUGUGUGCGGCCUGUAAGGUGCCCAUCAGAAACCAGGCCUUCUACAUGGAGGAGGGCGAGCCCUACUGUGAGAGUGACUACGAGAAGAUGUUCGGCACUAAAUGUCACGGCUGUGACUUCAAGAUUGAUGCGGGCGACCGUUUCCUCGAAGCGCUGGGCUACAGCUGGCACGACUCCUGCUUCGUCUGCGCGGUCUGCCAGAUGAAUCUAGAAGGGAAGACCUUUUACUCCAAGAAGGACAAACCUUUGUGCAAGGGCCACGCCUUCACUCCCCUGUGAGGGUCGGGAGAGGGGGGGGUGGGCGUGAGGGCGGAAAGGAGGGGGAGGGAUCGCCAAAACAGACCUAAACCGCCACCCCCGACCACUGCCAGAACCCACGCCCCCUUCACCCCCUUGAGCCCCCGCCCGACGUCCUCCUCCGGCCCCUGUCCGCGGUCUCUGUGACUUCCUGUUUCCUGUUUACCGCCAGCAUCCCUGACCCACGCGGACUGAGAGUGUGCAGAUUCCGCUCUGCGCCAGACUGCUUGGUUUCCCGCAGGUGAUGCUGACUGAUGAUUGCGAUGAUGAAGGUGUUGGGGCCGUUUCGCUGGGCUCUGUUGCUCACCUGCUUCUCGCAGCAGGGGGGAGAUUUAAAUCCUUUGCUCUAUGCAUCACCCAUGUCACUAAUUUCUCACACAGACACACACACCCUGCCGUGUCAGUUGGGGCGUGAGUGUGACUGUGUAAUGCUUGCUCUUCUGCAGUACCUUUUCAGCAGGGGACCGGGAUGCCCUGAUUUCCCAUAACGUUUUCCUUUUAGAAAAGCCCGGAAUGGCAUUCCUCCCCGGUCGGGGGUGAGAGUGUAUAAAAACGUCUGCCCUCUCAGACAAAAACAUUUUAAAACGGAAAAGCUAUCGAUUAGCACUUUAGGAAGCAGCCGGUCAUAAAAGUGCAAAAAAAAAUAAGCCCUUUUCAAAACGUAAUCUUUUCCAAACUGCGACCAGUCAUCUUGGUCAAAUCCCGGCUCGGCUUGUGAGUGUGUGGCCAAGAUUGGUGCUGCUGUAAUGGGGGACCUUUUGAGGGGAGGGUGCUUUCUGUGCGGUGGACAGGAGGCUGUGAGGUUCAUUUAAUGGAGGCUUAUUAAAACCUACCUUUCAACUGCUGCACUGUUUGUCUCACCAGUAAAGGUGGGAUGGUGUGCCCAUUUAAAGAAAAAGUCCAAAAAUCAUUGCAAUCACAGGUAAUUCCCUUCUGAUUCGGUUCGAUCUGGGCCAGCUUCUACCUUUGAGAUAUCAUUAUAAAUAAAAUGAGCAGAAGUUAAGACCCAUCCAUCUUAAGGCGAGUUGAGACCUAUCAUGUCAUCCACUCUGUUACAGUUGGCAUAAGUUGAUGCCACAGUGUUCAAUGAUGCCAAGUAAAAAUGGAAUCGUAGGAGUGUGAUCAUGAUUCAGAUUGACACUGAUGUUAAUUAGGCCAAACGAUACAUAUGCAAAUUGGGUUCAAUGGCGAGCCCCAGGGUCCUGAUCCAAACCCAGUGGUGCCGGUGCUGACCGUAGACCGCAGCUACAUAAGGCAGCACAUAAUUGGCUGUAUCAUCACCAAGGGAGGGAAGGUUUCAUUUUCGGGUAACAACGUCUAUCCGUCCCUCAUUAGCAAUGGCUGCGCAGCUCGGCUGGCAGACCUGAGACUGUGGCUAGCUACGGGCAACUGGCUAGCGUCCAUCUCUCAGGAUUGGAGGACGUUGCAAAGGUGGGACUGCCCAUUAACUAUGAAAUUAUUCCAGGCUGGGGAAUAAUAGUUGUGGACAAAUAGAGAACUUCUAGAUGAUGGGUAGAUUUUGGCCUUCAUUUCAGACCCAACAACCUCCUGCUCAAAAACCCAGAGUACCAGCCUUGAAAACACCUACAUGUACAAACCCAAGCAAGGAUGUCUGAAGGCUUAAAAAGCAGCAUAGUUUCUCAAUUUCUGUUUAUCAUGAAACAGGGUAAGGUAGUGCAGCACUGAUGGUAACUGGUAAAAGGCUAUCACAGGGAUCACAAGAACUGCCAUUUUGGAUGUAGGCUAAGCAACGUGCUAUGUAAGUGUUAGUGCUAUGUAAGGAAAGUUGGGCUAAAAUCCACCAGUGUUCAGUACAGUAAGGCAGAUCAUAUCAGAAUCAGUUCAGAAUUUUGGGGGAAGUACUUUUGAGCCCCCCCCCCCCCACUGAAAUUUUUGUGGUUGGGCCUAUGUGCAAAAUGUUAAUCCUGCUCUCUGGAAAGAUAGCCAGACUAAGGCGGACACUCACGGUUAAUAUUAAUUUGCGGUCCCCGAACGUUUGAAACCCCUGGAAGGAGGCGGGAUCGACUGAAAACCAAAAAAUAAAAAAUGAAUAAGUACAGUAUCUUUGGAACGCUCGCUCUUGUAUUUUAAAUGGAUUCCUGAGGCGAUCUCGGGGAAGAAACGGCGCGAGUGAUCUUGGCGUGUGUUUACAGCCGGGUUUUCUGAAGAUGGAGGAAGCGAAGCCCUUGGCGGCGGCGGCGGCGGCACUCGCGGCCAGGAAAGGUCAGCCCGUGUUUGUGUUCGUAUGUGGUACCCGACGCCCGUGAGGUGCACUCGAGCCGAAUGAAUAAUUAGGCUGCCUGGGACGCAAGUCCGUGCUGGGUAAACCCCUGCCAUGAGUUCGUGCUGGGUUAAACCCCUGCCGUGAGUCUGUGCUGGGUUAAACCCCUGCCGUGAGUCCUUGCUGGGUAAACCCCUGCCAUGAGUCCGUGCUGGGUUAAACCCCUGCCGUGAGUCUGUGCUGGGUUAAACCCCUGCCGUGAGUCCUUGCUGGGUUAAACCCCUGCCAUGAGUCCGUGCUGGGUAGACCCCCGCCGUGAGUCCGUGCAGGAGUAUGCAUCCACUUAUCGCGGUGCUGCGGGUUGGCCGAGCUCAGUCUGGGUUUGAACGCCAAAUGUAUCUGGACACGGGGUGGGUGAAAACUAUAGAUCUAGCCUGGCCCUAUGUCCUCACACCUUAUACUCCACCAAAUAGACUUUCUCUCUCUCUCUAUUCGUGUUAUUUGUUUGCUAUGUAUUGAAUUGUCUCUUAUCAAGUGGCUUUUUAAACUUUAUAAAUAUACAGCUUGGUACACAAGAAAAAUACUGUAUCCUUUGUACAUGCUUAGAAAAGUUUUUUUUUUUUUUUUUAACAAAAUAUAAAAAAUGUGAUGCAAAUGGCAUUGUUUAGUAUAAUAUGGUCAAUAAAAUCAUGUAUUUUAAA